AUGUGCCAUAUCGACAGUGCCGAUGGUCAGAUUGCGGAUCUGGAUGCGAAUCCCUUGGUGACAAUUUCCUUCCCAUUAAACGCGCGAUUGGCGAGGGAGAUGGCAAAUCCGGGCACCCAGAAGGCGAAGACAUACAAGACUCGAGUUACUGUGGCUCAGCAUCCUUACUCCGUAAAUUCUGCUGCCCCACAGAACUUUCCAUGCCUACAUGUGCACAUUUUUUUUUUCAACAACGGGAAAUGUAAUGCUGAUAAUACCAACAGCUGUACCGAUAUGGAUAAAGGUUAUGUUGAGGUUGGCAGCAUUAACAGCUUCUGCAACACUCGAAAAAAAGGUGGCUACGAGCAGAUUUGCUGCACAACUGAUACACCGUCUAUGAAACUGUAUAGUCAAAAUUUUAACGGUUGUCCUACCGACAAUUAUAAUGUCAGGGUUGCAGAUUCAAUUAAAGGAAGUGGUGGUACUUACUGUGGACUUGAACCAGUUCCGUUCAGAUUGCAAGAUGCACCUUUGAUAUAUCAAAGUCGUGUUUAUUGUAGUAAUACUGGGACUGGAAACGGCAGCUGGGGCGAAUGCAACGUUUAUAAAAAUCAUGGCUCAACACCACCAGGGCGAUCUCGUGGAUGGUGUCAAUCUGGUUGCCCUAUCGGCCAGAUUAGAGUGGCAAUGGAAGAUCCGUCCUCAUGUCAGGAUAAUGGAGGAGCCAUAGUGACGUGUUGUGAGGGGGACUACUCUUAUGAAAAAUCACAGGUAGUGAUCAGUGAGCUACUGAAGAAAUAUCAAGACGCAGCAAAGGAUUUCGUAGGAUCCUAUCAGGAAGAAUGUUCUGCAUUCCUUGCUUCAAAUGCAAAUGGAGAUGGCUUGAACCUUGGAUCCUCUGUGUUUAACCUUGAUUCAAGAAGCACAAAAGGCUUUAGCUCAGUGGAGACAAUGGUUUUACUCCUUUACACACUCCUCAAUGAUCCUAUAGAUGGGAAUACUAUGCUUAGGGCCGAACGUGAACUCUGGGAACUCACCAUGCAAUUCUUAGGGCUGCAAAAUCUUGGUCUCACACCAGUCCCAUGCAACGCAGAAAAGAUCAACAACGUGAUUGGUGCUGCCUCGAAUAAUGGUAGCGGAUUGUUGACUGAAGAAUGUGCUAUUUUCACUAUUCCAUGCUUAGACCCAGAUUUCUUCUACACCGAUCCAAACUCAAAGUACGAUUACGCUGCUUCUCAAGCAAGCGGGAAUCCGAUAGAUUCCUGUGAGCCUAGUAGGAAAAACCCUAAUUUCUCAGGAAAUGAUGAAACACUCCAUCAAUUAGGGAAACGAGAUGGGGCUCCAAGAGAGUAUUCCAUAAAUCUUGGGACUGAUGUGCGUGGAAAUCCGCGGCUAAUUUUCAUCUGGUCCUUUCAAUAUCCAAGUGGUCAGAACGGUCAGACUUUCGUCGAAAUCACUCGCAAUGUAGACAGAUAUAGCUUAAACAAUCCUGAAGAUUGCACUGAUGCAUCUUAUGCCCCAACUGCUGACCUUGAAGACACACCAGCUUGGGUUGUUGAGCAUAUUUUUGAAUUGCAAACACCAUCUAGAUUGCUAGAAUUUAUGGUCCAUGGGAUCCUAACUCAAGUUGUCACCGGAGGCGUCACCGUACCUGAAUAUAGGACCCAGAGAAUCCUCAUGGAUCCCGAUAUAUUGGAAAAAUAUUUCCAAAAACCAUAUCAAACUUGGGAUAGGGUAACUGAGGGCUUAAAGGGUCGACCUGAUGCAAAUCUCAUGCACUGCUUGGGGGCAAAAGAUAAUACGAAGAAUAUCCGUUUGAUGAAUGCUGCUGGAAAUACAAUAAAAUCAAGAGUAAUUUUAAACUCUCAUUUCUUUAUAAUCGCGCUGACAAAUAUGAAUAAAUCCUAG